AUGGCAGACAAACGCCCUUUCUUCGUCAUCGUCCCGGGCGCCUCGCAGAACCCCGCCCAGUACGGCUACCUGAGCCAUCUCCUCCAGCUCGCGGGGUAUCCUGUCUUCUCGGCGCUCCUCCCCUCUGUCGGAGCCACGGGAAACGUCUCCGUUGACGACGACAGCGAGUACGUCCGAAACAGCAUGCUCAUUCCCGUCCUCGACCACGAAGAACAUGAUGUGAUCAUCAUCAUGCACUCCUACAGCAGCGUGCCUGGCAGCGCUGCCGCAAAGGGUCUGGGAAAAGCAGAGCGCGCUGCCCAAGGCAAGAAGACGAGCGUCAUUGGGCAGAUCUAUCUGGCUGCCCUCCUCCCGAAGGGUGGCGAUGGCAAGGAUAUCGUGGGAGCCUUUGGCGGCCAGUAUCCACCGCAUAUUCGACCCGAUCCCGCAGCAAACCUCCUUCGUUGUGACGACCGCAUCCCGCCGCUCUUCCAAGAUGUCCCUGCAGACUUGGCGGACGCAGCAGCCGUCUCCGCCAUGGCCCAGGGCAUGACUUCCUUCACUUCUCCGUGCCCGCGCGCCACGUGGGACAGCGACGAGUACAAGGGACGCGUGGCCUUUAUCCGGACCUUGAACGAUGCUUGCAUCCCUCUGCCGGUCCAGCAGAUGAUGAUCGAGGGUACUGGCGUUGAUUGGAUUGUCAAAGACAUCGAGAGCGGCCAUUCCCCGCAGAUCUCACAGCCCGAGAAACUGACGGCCAUGUUGGUGGACUUGGCGAAGGGCUUUUGA